CAAGCCCCACGACAGGCAGCUGCGACAGGAGGCAGGCGGCGGGCGCGCGGGCUCCCAGCCAGCCUGCGUCCCAUUGGCCCUUGGGACGCACUCGGAGCCGCUCCUCUCUUCUUGGGAACAGAGACUGCCCGCCAGUCCCCGCGAUUCAGUUUGGGGGAUAUUCCUUGCCUGCCUAGCGGAGAGAGCUAGACUGGGCUUGGGCGCUUUUCGUGCUGGAGACUCAGGGACAAGAACCAGGGAUGAGCGGCGGAAGGCGGCGCUAGCACUGACAGGACUCGGGGCCGAGGCUACCGGCCACUGGCUGCGGGAUGAACCGGCUGGGUCAGAUGCCUUAGCUGGGUGCACGCGCCGGGCGGAGCGCGCAGGUCGGACUGUGCACUCCGCGGUCCGCCCUGCGCUGGUGCCCCGCCAGUCCCAGGAUGGGCACUGGAGCCCCGGGACCGCGCCCGCUAGAGCCCGGCGUCCCUCCCGCGUCCUGAGCUCAUGGACGGCGACUCCCGGCUGGCAGCGGCGCGCCCCCGGGCUGUGAAUGCGACUCGCUCAUCGUCCGCGCUCCCCGCCCGCCCGCCCGCCGGGACGUGGUAGGGGAUGCCUCGCUCCUCUGCGAUGGCAGUUGGCGCGCUCUCCAGUUCCCUCUUGGUCACCUGCUGCCUGAUGGUGGCUCUGUGCAGUCCGAGCAUCCCGCUGGAGAAGCUGGCCCAAGCUCCUGAACAACCCGGCCAGGAGAAACGCGAGCACGCGUCUCGGGACAACACCGGGAGGGUGAGCGAGCUCGGGCGCGCCGCGAGGGACGAGGGCAGCAGUGCCCGGGACUGGAAGAGUAAGGGUAGCCGCGCGCUCGCGAGCCGGGAGGCGUGGAGCAAGCAGAAGCAGGCCUGGACUGCUCAGGGCGGGAGUGUCAAGGCCUCGGACUGGCAGGUCCGACCUCGGGGGGACACUCCCCAGGGGGAGCCCCCAGCCGCCGCGGCCCAGGAAGCGAUCAGCCUAGAACUCGUGCCCACACCAGAGCUGCCUGAGGAAUACGCCUACCCAGACUACCGCGGCAAGGGUUGCGUGGACGAGAGUGGCUUCGUGUAUGCGAUUGGGGAGAAGUUCGCCCCAGGUCCCUCAGCCUGCCCCUGUCUGUGUACGGAGGAGGGGCCCCUUUGCGCACAGCCAGAGUGCCCGCGGCUUCACCCGCGCUGCAUCCACGUCGACACCAGCCAGUGCUGUCCGCAGUGCAAGGAGAGGAAGAACUACUGCGAGUUCCGGGGCAAGACCUACCAGACUUUGGAGGAGUUCGUGGUGUCUCCGUGUGAGCGGUGUCGCUGUGAAGCCAAUGGUGAAGUGCUGUGCACAGUGUCGGCGUGUCCCCAGACGGAAUGUGUGGACCCCGUGUACGAGCCUGAUCAGUGCUGCCCCAUCUGCAAAAACGGCCCAAACUGCUUUGCAGAAACUGCUGUCAUCCCAGCUGGCAGAGAGGUGAAGACCGACGAAUGCACCAUAUGCCACUGCACCUACGAGGAGGGGACCUGGAGAAUCGAGCGGCAAGCCAUGUGCACAAGACACGAAUGCAGGCAAAUGUAGACUUCACAAUACAAAAACUCUCAUGUUUUUCUAGAAUAUUUUACUAAUGUGACAUUCUAGAUGACUCUGAGAAAUAUCAAUCAAAAACAGAAGACUUCUGAUAAGGAGUCAAGGAAAAUGGUUGGUACUUUUCCUUUUCUUGGUAACAAUUACAGCAAGAGACAGAAAUGGAUGUAUUUCAAAACAUCAAUAAGAACUUUGGACAUAAACUCCCUCUCUAAAUAAAUGUGCUAUUUUCACAGUAAGUACACUAAAGUUCACUAUUCUAUAUUAAAUGUGUUUCUAUAAUCCCUCUCUUAGAGUCUUAUAUAUUAAACAAUGCUGUUGUCAACCGUCCUCACUGUGUUAGCCUUCAUUCCAUCACAGGGGCUGCUGUGGUACCAGGAAUCUUUUACCCCUGCACAUGAAAUAACUGUACGCUGUUAAGGGACAACAGAAAAUAAUGACUGCUUUAUAGAAGAAUCCUGUUCAACUGCAAUUUAACUAGUGCUGUGUUUCUAAAGCUUGCCCCAGGACACAUUCCAGUUCACAUAA